AUGUUCGGUCGCAUUGGGGGACAAGCGCUGCGAUGCGCUGUUCAUCGUCCGAUUGUACGUCGCAAGCUUAGCGGUCGCAAGUUCUCUGCCUACACGACGUCUAAUGCCCCUGCGACAUCGGGGCCGUCACCUCUCGGGGGAAUUACGGUCGAACUGGAUCGCAUUGCACCUCGAUUUGAGAUUUCGGCGUCUCAGGUUACAAUUUUGGACUCGCCGGCUAGCUUCUAUUCCACUCUUAAGCACAAAAUCCGCAAUGCCCGCAACCGCGUUUACCUUUCCACACUUUACAUUGGCAAAACCGAGUACGAAUUGAUUGAUACGAUAGCAGAGGCUCUGCGCGAAAACCCAGAGCUUCAAGUAUCUAUUCUUACAGAUGCUCUGCGCGGCACUCGAGAAACCCCUAAUCCGUCCUGUGCAUCGCUAUUAUGCUCGUUAGUAGACGAGUUCGGUCCCGAACGAGUAGAUAUCCGGAUGUUCCAUACUCCCAACUUGACUGGUCUACGGAAGAAAUACAUUCCUCGUCGUAUCAACGAAGGCUGGGGCUUACAACAUAUGAAGUUAUACGGGAUUGACGAUGAAAUCAUUCUCUCGGGAGCGAACUUGUCGGAUGAUUACUUCACAAAUCGGCUGGAUCGUUACCAUGUCUUCGACUCUAAGACAUUAACCGACUAUUACGCUCGCAUUCACCACGCUAUCUGCAGUCUGAGCUUUCAAGUCUUGCCAGACCCUAAGAACAAGUCUGCUUAUCUUCUCGAAUGGCCCAAAUCUAAUGGAGCUCCAUGCCCGCUAGAUGAUCCCAAAGACUUCAUUUCAUAUUCAUCGACCGUCCUCACUCCACUCAUUCAAGCUUCCGACAACAAACCUAUCCUCCCCUCCACCUCAAGCCAGACGUAUGUAUAUCCCGUGGCACAGUUCACUCCGCUCCUCAAACCCGACGCCUCAACCGAGUUCCCGGCUGUUACCAGCAUUCUCCGCCUAUUGUCUGAAUCGCCUGUAUUCGCCGGUGCCCGUUGGCUCUUCACAGCAGGUUACUUCAACAUUCACCCCGUUCUAUCCUCGUUCUUAAUUGCCAGUACAUCAACCAACUCCAAGGCCCCCUCCACCACAGAAGGCACAGUAUUAACCGCUUCGCCUUGGGCGAACGGUUUCUACGGUUCAUCCGGUGUCUCGGGCAUGCUACCAGCAGCUUAUACGCAUCUCUCUGCACGAUUUCUUGAUCGAGUUGCUGCAGCUCAGGCCACCAAUUCCAUUCAAUUGAAGGAAUGGCGUCGCGGCACUGUCGGUACGCCAGGUGGAUGGACUUAUCAUGCAAAGGGACUCUGGAUUACCUUACCACGCGAAGAGCAUCCCAGUCUUACAUUUGUCGGCAGCAGUAACUAUACCAAGCGGAGUUACAGUCUGGAUAUCGAGGUGGGCGCUCUAGUUGUCACCAAUGAUCAAGAGCUUAAACGCAAACUUGGCGAGGAGACCGAGUGGCUCCAGAAGGAUGCGAAGGCCAUCUCACGAGAGGACUUGAUGCGUACAGAACGCCGUGUCGGGUGGAACGUACGACUAGCAAUGUGGAUUGUUGAAAAAGUGGGCGGAGCUCUCUAA